CUGGCCCAACCUCGAGCGCAGUCGCCGCCGGCACGCCAUGGCGCCGACACCCCUGCUGCUGCCGCUGCUGCUGCUGCUGCUGCUGGCGCCCGCCGCCCACCCGCACGAGCGGCUGGAGGGCGUGCUGUACUACGCGCGGCCACCGGCCUCGCCCCGCGCUGUCGCCACGCGGUCGCUGUUCGACUACGACAGGAAGCUGGUGGCGUACCGCGAUGUUCCGGCGGGCCGCUGCUACCUACAUCGCCUGGGAGGCCGGCACCCCGUCGCACCCACAGAUCCGGCGGACCGGUUUUUCUUCGUACCCCACUGGCAGCUCAGCAAGUGGCAGGCGCUGUCGUUCGCCGGGCCGCGGCUGUACGACUUCUGCGCGGGGCUGCGCGUGUUCGUAGUGCGCGCGGCCCGGCGCGGCAACUCGCUGCCGCCGGCGGCCGGCAAGCAGUCCCUGGACGCCGCGCUGGCGCUGGACCUGCGGCCCCCACACGGCCGCACCAGGAGGCAGGCGCCGCAGCAGCCGCCGCGCCGCCACCGCGGACAGACGCAGUCGCAGUACCUGCACACCAACGGCGGGCAGGGCGACGGCCGCGCCGAGGCCGAGUCCAAGCCCGACCUGUCCAGGGCCUUCGUCGGUGGAAGCAGCGGCAUGGGUCAGGCCCAGAGCCAGUCUGGCACCGGCGAUUGUGCAGACUGCUUCCCUCUCGGUGGCGGCUAUCCAGGUCUCUUCCCUCCACAGCCACAAAUACUGCGCCCAGGAGAACCCAUACCAGGUGUACCAGGAGUACCAGGAUACCCACCAGGCGUUAGACCAGGUGAAGGUGUACCUGGAUACCCACCAGGAGUUCGACCAGGAGAAGUCGUACCAGGUGUACCUGGAUAUCCUCCAGGAGUACGACCAGGAGUUCAGCCAGGAGCACCAGGAUACCAACCAGGGAUUCGUCCAGGAGAAGGUGUACCUGGAUAUCCACCAGGAGUCCGACCAGGAGAAGCUGUACCAGGAUACCCACCAGGAGUUCGCCCAGGGGAAGCAGUACCAGGAGUACCUGGAUACCCACCAGGAAUUCGACCAGGAGAAGCUGUGCCAGGCCUUCGACCUGGAGAAGGCGUACCUGGGUACCCACCGGGAGUCCGACCAGGUGAAGCAGUACCAGGUGUACCAGGAUACCCACCAGGUGUCCGACCAGGGGAAGCUGUACCUAGUGUGCCUGGGUACCCACCAGGAGUUCGACCAGGGGAAGUAGUGCCAGGAAGGCCAGGAUACCCACCAGGUGCCAGACCAGGAGAAUAUGUUCCAGGUAUACCUGGAUACCCACCAGGAGUACGACCAGGAGAAAUGGUGCCAGGUAGACCAGGAUACCCACCGGGGGCUCGGCCAGGAGAAAAAGUACCUGGAUACCCACCAGGAGUCCGACCGGGAGAAGCAGUACCAGGUGUACCUGGAUAUCCACCAGGACUUCGACCAGGAGAAACUGUGCCAGGUGCCGUGCCUGGGUACCCACCGGGACUCCGACCAGGAGAAGCUGUGCCAGGUGUGCCCGGAUACCCACCAGGAGUUCGACCGGGAGAAACUGUGCCAGGUGCCGUGCCCGGGUACCCACCCGGACUCCGACCAGGAGAAGCUGUGCCUGGUGCACCUGGAUACCCACCAGGAGUCAGACCGGGAGAAGCUGUACCUGGAGUACCUGGCUACAUACCGGGAGCUCGACCAGGAGAAGCUGUACCAGGUGUGCCCGGUUAUCCACCAGGAAUCCGUCCAGGAGAGGUUGUUCCAGGUGUACCUGGCUAUCCUCCAGGAUUACGACCAGGAGAAGGUGUACCUGGGUAUCCUCCAGGAGUUCGACCAGGAGAAGGUGUACCUGGGUAUCCUCCAGGAGUUCGACCAGGAGAAGGUGUACCUGGGUAUCCUCCAGGAGUUCGACCAGGAGAAGGUGUUCCCGGAUAUCCACCAGGUGUCCGACCGGGAGAAGCUGUGCCAGGUGUACCAGGAGUGCCAGGAUAUAUCCCCGGAAUUCCAGGAGUGCCAGGAUAUCCGACUGGUCCCCCCAGACAGCCACCUUACCCACCAGGCGACAUAAUGCGGCCACCGUCAGUACCAGGCUAUCCUCCAGGAUAUCCGGGCACUGUUCCCGGAGAGAGGAUUCCAGGUGUUCCGGGAUUGAGGCCGGGAGCAGUUCCGUCACCACCAGGGGUACCCGAAGGCCGCCCAGGGAUGUAUCCGGGAGAAAUUGUGCCAGGGGUUCCGGGCGUAACACCCGGAGUACAACCAGGCAUCUAUCCGGGAGUGCCCGGAAUCCCAGGUCAGCUACCGGGCUACCGUCCAGGAGAACCCAUUCCCGUCGGACCGGGAGAUUUCGGUUACCCUCCCGGAAUUCGACCGGGAAUUCCCGGCAUUCCCGGAAGAGUACCCGGUGUCCCUCCGGGAUACCCACCCGGUAUCCGGCCACCUCCCGCCGAGCGACCCGGCGUCCCACCUUAUCCUCCCGGUGAAGUACCGGGAGUACCCGGUUACCCGCCGGGUGUCCGACCGGGCGUCCCGGGAUACCCCACAGCUCCGCGACCCGGAGAAGUACCGACCGGACCCGGCGUGCCGGGGUACCCUCCCGGCGUCACACCGGGACUCGUACCCGGCGUACCAGGUGUCCCCGGUUACCCUCCCGGAGUACCCGGUAUCCCUUCCUACGUUCCCGGCGUUCCAGGCGUUCCCGGAUACCCACCCGGAGUACCGGGUGUCCCCGGAUACCCUCCCGGAGUGCCUCCAGGGGCGCCCGGUUACCCACCCGGAGUGUCUCCGGGCGCACCCGGUUACCCGCCCGGAGUGUACCCGGGUAUUCCCGCCGUUCCGGGCUAUCCCCCCGGCGUCGCCGUACCCGGUUACCCUCCGGGAGCGUACCCUCCGGGAGUGAGGCCGGGUGAAGUUCCGGGUGUCCCCGGCGCGCCCGGGUAUCCCCCGGGAGUCGUACCGGGCGUUCCGGGCUACCCGCAAGUACCGGGAGAGCUGGCGCGCGUCCCCGGCUACCCAGGAGAGGCGGGAGGUGACGCUCAGGCCCAGACGACGGUGGACCGCAAGGAGAACGAGACGCGCGCGGCGGCGUCAGCACAGGGGGCGCUGGCGGGCGGUGCGGCGCAGGCGCAGGCGCAGGUGAGCGGCGCGGCCCGCGCCGGGGGCAGCUUCCAGGCGCAGGCGCAGACGGGAGACCGCGGCCGCGGCACCGGCGCACAGGGGCAGGUCGAGGCGGCUGGCCAGGGCGCGCGCUCCACGGCGCAGGGCCGCGCGGGCCGCGGGCAGGCGCAGGCGCAGGUGCAGGUGGGGUCGUCGCCGGGCGCGACGGCGGCGCAGGCGCAGAGCGGCGGCUGGGGCCACGGCACGUCGUCGCAGGUGCAGGCGGGGCAGGCGGGCGGGCUGGCCGACGCGCAGGCGCGCGGCGCCGGCUCCACCAGCUCGCAGGCGCAGGUCGGCUUCUCGCCGCGCGGCGCCCAGCCCGCCAACGGCGGCGGACAGCGAUCGGCCUUCCUGGGCGGCGGCAGCGCCUCCGCGCAGACCGGCGCGCUCUCCGGCCAGAGCCAGACGCAGGUGCAGGGCUCGUUCCGCCAGGGACUGAGCUACUCUGGAGCCGCGCAAGCAGGAUCCAGUGCAGGGCAGGGGGCGGCGGUCGCCGGUGCCGGUGGCGGGGGCGGAGCUGUAGGCGGAGGCGGAGGCGUCGCGCCCGAGGAGCAGCGCUGGAGGCCAUUCGGCAGCGCCAUUGGCGGUGGACAGCUGCCUUUCGGAGGGGCAGCGGCGGGUAGUGACGCCGGGAGCGGAGCACUAGCCGGCGGCGGCGGCGGCGGCGGAGGCGGCACUGGUUCGACUGGAGGCGCGAUGGGUGGAGGCGGCAGUGGCUUGAGCGGAGGUGCCACAGGUGGAGGUGGCAUGGGUGGCAGCGGCUUCAACGGAGGCGGCAUGAGUGGAGGCGGUGGAGGAGUUGGAGGCGGAAUGGGUGGAGGCAGUGGAGGAGUUGGAGGCGGCGGAGGCGGUAUAGGCAGUGGUCUGGGAAUGCCGACCAGUAAUGGACGCGGAAGCGGCGCCGGCAUGGGUGCGGGAAACGGUAGGCACGCUGGCGGGGCGCAUCUCGACACGAGCGGUGUGAGGGGUGCCGGUGGACACACGAUGGGGACUACCGGGGGCGGCGGGGGCGGCGGGGGCGGCGGCGGUGGGGGCUACCGCUUCGGGACCUCUGCGCCGUCGGGGGCCGACUCUUCGUACAUGCCUCCUUCCGGCCGCGGUGGCUACUCGGGGCCCUCCGGCUCUGGUGGGAGCCACGCCCUGCCUCCCUCUGGUAGCGGACACGCAAUGCCUCCUUCGGGCAGUGGGCACGCAAUGCCUCCUUCAGGCAGCGGACACGCAAUGCCUCCUUCUGGCAGCGGGCACGCCGUGCCUCCUUCGGGCGGUGGACACGCCGUACCUCCGUCUGGCGGCGGCCAGUCGAUGCCCCCUUCCGGCGGCGGCUUCCCCGAGUCGGGGGCCGGGGAGAGUAGCGACUACGACGGCUCCGGCGACUACGAGGACGAGGACGUGGCGUCGGGGCCGUCGGCGCCUUCGCGCCACCUGUUCCGCAACGGAGACGGCGCCGGCGCCGGCGGCGGGCAGCGCACGCUGUCGGCGGGCCCGCACGGCACGGUGACGGCGGGCAGCGGCACCCGACGCGUGCAGGCGCCGCCCGGCGGCCAGACGCAGAACGUCCACCUGGGAGGCGGCGGCGGCGGCGGCUCCGUCGUGUCGGCAGGCGGCAGGGGAGGCGCGCCCAGCCAGGCGCAGGGCAUCUACGUCGCGGGCUCCGGCGGCAAGGCCGUGCUCGUCAGGCAGGACUCUUCCUCCUCGUCAUCGUCCUCUUCGUCGUCGGGCAAGGAGGUGCUGCUGCAGCCGGGACAGAGCGUGCCUGGCUCUCCAGGGUACGUGAUCCCGGCGGGCUUCAGAGGCCGCGUCACUUCCGGGUCCGGCGCGACGUCGCAGGCGGGCGACUCGACGCGCGCCUCCGCCUCCGGGGGCGGUCGGUCGCAGACGCAGACGGUGCGCGUGCUGCGGCCCCGCGUGCGCUCCGGUGACGCCGUGCCGGACAGCUUCGUGACCGUCACCAACAGCGUGGCGGGACAGCUGGCGCCGGCCGGCGGCGGGGGCGGCGGCGCCGCCUCCAGGGGGCGCGCGGGGCAGCCCGCGGCCUCCGGCGGCAAGUACACCCACACCUACUACUCCAAGUCCUCCACGUGCGGCUACUUCACCUUCUCCUGCAACGUCGUCUACGGCUCCAACGGCCGCACCAAGAUCUGCAAGCCCAACCCGCCCACCAACCCAGACGGCACGCCGUGCUGCUGCUAGACACCUGCUCCGCCGUCCACUGAACGCAGCUCCAGAUAUGGGUCUUUCGAGAUUCUACUUUUGUACUGUUCCCUGUCUCUUAUUUCAUACUAGUUCUCGCAAUACUCAAACAGUGCUUACAAAUCUAUUACGUAACUGCAUUAGCUGAACUGUAGCACCAGUCGGAGAAACAUCUGCGCUAUAGGAAAAAAUGUAUAAAAAUAAUACGGACGCUUUCAUCUUAACUGAUACUUUAGAAACAAGUAUAUGAUCUCAUUUUUGCUAUCUGGGACAUGUAACAGAAUAUUCAGUACGAAUUCUCCGUUAAGUUCAAUAGUGUCCACACUAAACAAUUCACUAAGCACACGGUUCAGGAAACGAUAACUACCUUAUCGGUACCGAAUAAAUUUACUUUUUUUUUCAUCUUGUUUACGUUAUCUGACUACCUUUCAACUCUUAAACAUUCAAUUACGAAUUGAACUUCUCGUUAAUCGUUGUACGACGUUACUUUUGACGCUUGUAGUCACCUUUCGUGAUUCUGUUUUUUUACAUUUUUCUUCUUAGACUUAAGAUGUCACAUUUAUGACGCAGUCUUCGUCGAACACAGUUCUUAUCAUUUUCUUAUGCACAAUAGCUUUCUAGGGUACUCCCUCUACAUUUUACCUACAUGCAUCCACAUCUUACAUGUCAUCUUCAUACAAUGAUCUCAGCAGAUCGCAUUUUUCGUUGCAGUAGUGCACCCCCUUCAUUUACAUUCGCUUGUCAUCAUUUUUAUCUCGAGCGCAUUGAAAAGUGUCGUAGAGAUCGAUUUUUCUGCCCACAACUCUUACACUUCUUUUUAUUUUUGCCUGAUUCUCUGAACGUUUCUUAACUAGUGCUACGUUCCAGAAUGUGCAGCACAUUCAGAUGGACCGUAAGCUACUAAUUUCUUCGUUUGUCUAAUUGCAGUGUCUCCUUUUUCUGAUUCACAUCGUUACAUGCCAACUGGAUCUCAUUAUUUAGGUGCUCCAUUAUUCUUUUUAUGUUCGUUUUUCAUCCUGUACGCAUGCGAUCAUUGAAAGUUUCUAUAAGAAAGCUUUUUGCACUUGAAUAUUUAACUGAUCUCCAUUUUGAUUAACUCGUGAUAUUUGCUUUUCGAAACAUUGUAUCAUCAUAUUAACGUCACAACUUCCUGCACGGCAUUCAUCUUUAAAAGUGAAAAAUCAGUCUCCGGCAAAUACCAUCUCCUUCCACGUCUCUUUUGUUUCAUCAUGCAACAGCGCAGAGCAUAUCUACAAAAAGUAGAAUAUGCUUUUUUUCUAAUUUUAUAUUUAAUACUCAUAAAUGGGAAUACAGAGUGGCACAUGUCCCUGCCCAAUGUCUCGUGCGUGUGCGAGCUCAUUACGGAGCAGCACUAAAUUUCUGUUACUAAAUUUUACUCUGAUCGUGGAACAUUCAUCUGCAUAAUUUACUAAUCCGUAAAGAGCCAGACGGUAAGCACGCUUAUUUGAUAGCAAUACGCAGCCGACCAUCUCAUAAAAUAUGUGCUGUCAUCUGUGAUUCCGCUUCGAAUUGUUGGAAGAAAUCAUGUUACUAGUUUGUGUUAUUAUCAUACUGACUAGCGUCCUCUGUGUCCAUCACACAAUAAAAGCUAGAGGAAAAACAACGAACAUUUUUAUAAAAGUUUAGUUGACAUAGAAUAGAAAUGUAGUUAAUGUACAUUUUUAUAUUAAACUACGUUACUGUCUGUUUACUAUGAACUCAGUACUGCCACAUAAUUCAGUGCAGUGAGUUUUGUACCAGUCUCUCACUAACGUACACUUGCGCCACUUUGCGUUAUUUAUAGUAGAGAAUUUUAAGUGUCCUGUGAUUUAUAAUUCUGCCAAAUGUAUAUAGCAUAAAGCAGUGAAAUACACUUGUGACAUCGAUUAGACGCUAAAAUGUCAAACAGUCCACAGUUUUGUAAUGAAUAAGCAGUAUUUUGUCUAAUGUUGUGAAUUAUAACUAAACCAAAACUAUAUGAUGUUACCAAUAAAUCUCAUGGAUUGCUUCAGGAUUUAAGGUAAAUAAAUAAACUGUACAUUAACAUUA